CGUGACUCACUGAUGUAUAUAAUCAGUGUCGGACUGUCAGUCUGCCAGAGGCUCGCAACCUAUACAACGAUUCAUUGUAGCGAAUGCACAUGUAACACUUUAAAGAUGAACAUAUAGCUCGUAAAAGUUGCAACCGGAAACUGUGUUUAUGUGAAAUCACGCCAGUGCGAAAUAACACACAGUGGCCUUUUCGAAUAUCUCUUUCUCCCUCGCACGUCACGCAUUGCGGCUUACACAUUGCGGCUUACGCAUCGCGGCUUACGCAUCGCGACUUUGCCUUAUUUUCCGUAUAAAGAUACUUACACACAGUAGAACGGUCUUCUCAUAUACCCCAACGCAGACACCAUGCGCUUCUCGAAGUACAGAACCUUAGUUCUAUUCCUGGCCAUCCUAGCAAUUUACAAGUUAUGGGGUAGAGGAGAUAGCACUGACCUAGAAGACGUGCGUGUUGAAGACGACGGUCACGUAGAUAUAGGCCGUAAAAACGGGCAAGAUGAGAGUGUGUAUCAGAAAAGGAGUGGUGAAAAUAGGGUAGUACGUAGUGAUAAGAGCAGAUGGGUCGAUACAGAUCCCUUGCAGCCAUUUGCUGGCACAGACGUGGUCGUGUACCAUCCCAGUGCAACAGACGAGGUGUUCUUACAGGGCUUUAAUAUCGCACUGAAACAAACCGGACUGACCUACAGUUGGGCUCCGAAGGACCGAUCUUUUAGCGAACAACUGUUCAGCUUGGAUAGAAGCAUGGACUCGCUGCUAAAAGUAAGU